AUGCGAUCCUCCCCGAAUGUGAUUGUCACCGGCACCCCCGGCGUCGGUAAGACCGUGCACUGCGAACAGCUCGCCCAGGACACCGGCCUCAAACACCUGUCCGUCAACCAGGUCGCCAAGGACCGCGACUGCUACGAGGAGUACGAUGAGGAGCGGAAGAGCUGGGUUGUCGAUGAGGAUAAGCUGCUGGAUGCCAUUGAGGAUGACGUGCUCCAGGGCGGCUACAUCAUCGACUGGCACGCUUGCGAUCUCUUCCCCAAGUCGUGGAUCGACCUCGUCGUGGUCGUCCGGUGCCCUGAAACUUCUAUUCUGUACGACCGGCUAGCUUCGAGGCAUGUACCCAUUCUUCUUCCCUUUUUCCUGUCUCCAAGCAAGCUAGAUACGCUCAGUCCUAACGCACAUGCUUGCUUUAGAGGUUACCACGAAGAGAAACUACAAGAGAACCUCGAUGCCGAGAUCUUCGGCGUUCUCCUCGAAGAAGCCCGCGAAGCCUUCGACGAAGAGAUUGUGGUCGAACUCAACAGCGAAAAAGACGGCGACGUUGAUAGCAACUGCACUCGGAUCGCCGAAUGGGUCGAGAACUGGAAGAAGCAACAUGCCGAGGACGCGGAUUGA